CGGGAAAAAUUUCAACUUUUAUUCAACAAAUAUUUUUUGAGCAAAUACCAUGUACUGUAGUAAGUGCUAGGAAUACAGGGAUGAACAAAUCAGUCUUGGUCCCUGCCUUCAAGGAGCCUAGUGAGAGAGAUGAAUGUUACACAAAUGAUCACGUCAUUACAUGUAUAAUUACAAACAUGGAAAAUAUUGUGAAGGGAAAACACAGGAUGCUAUGAAAAGAGUAUAAUGGAGAAUUUCAUGUAGAUGGGUGGCGUUCGGGUAUCCUUCCUCUCUGAAGAAGCAACACCAAAGCUGAGAUUUCAUUCAUUCAGCAAAACGUGCAAACUUAAUAUGGAAGGGUUGGGGUGAGAGAGGGAGGUGUUAAGAGUGACUCCUAAGUUAUUGGCGUGAGCAGCUGGGUGGAUGAAGGUGCCAUUUACUAAAAUGUGGAAGACUGAAGGAAAAAUACUUUCAGGAGGGAGGCUCUGUAGAGAUGAAGAAUUCAUGUUUGAUCUUGUUAAGUUUGAAACAUCUAGAGAGAUGUCCACUUGGCAGUUGUGUAUACAGGUCUGCAGAGCAAAAGCUGAGUGGGAGAUGUAAAUUCGGGAGUUGUUGGCGUGGAGAGAACUUACAGAAUGAGAAGAGAAGAAGACCCAGGGUAGAGUCCUGUGGAAUUCUAAAUUGUAAAGAUUAGAUAGAGAAGGGGCCAGCAAAGGAGGCAGAAAGAGUGACUGGAGAGGUAGGAGGAAAACGUGGUGUUAUAGAAACAAAGAGAGCGUUUCAAGAAGGAAGUGAUUACCUGGCAAAAUCUAAGAGUAAGAUGGGGUUAGAAAAAUGGCCAGGGAUGACCUUAGCAAAAAUAGCAGUUUCUGUGAUCUGUGGGUGGAAGUUGGGUUAAAAUGGUUUAAGGGUGGAUGGCAAGUAAGGGAGUGAAGACUGUGUCUUGUUAACUCUGAGGAGAAACUUGGCCCUGAAGGGGAAUAGAAUGCUCGAGCUGGGUUUUGUUUUGCUUUAUUUAUAUUUAUUUAUUUGCUGGAAGAUACUACAACAUGUCUAUAUGCUGAUUGGAAAUACCCAGGAGACUCAGGAGAUAGAAGGGAUGGCCAAAGGGGAGAGGAGAGCUCUCAGCAAGCUGGAAGGGAUGGGGCCUAGGCCACCUGUGGUGGGACUGACCUUUGAGGAAAAGUGGGCUAUUUCUUCUGUUUCAAAAAUAGAGAAGAAAGAAGGAUUAGGUACUGAUAAGAACAGGUUUGCAGAUUUGGUGGUGAGGACAUCCUGCCUGGUGAUUUCUCUUCUGUUAAUUCCUGGGCCGGACCAUGCCCUGGAAGUGAGGAGAGAGGGAGGCAGGUGGUUGUUGGAGAUGGAGAAAGUAUGAAAUGACAUUAGGCAGACAGGUGAGUGAGCUUGCUAGAGAAUAGUAGUGGUCAUAGUAAUAGUUAACCCAAGUGCUUAGCACUUGAUAUGUACUAGCUCACCUUGUCCACCAUGUUCCUACUCUGACAGGCACUACAGUGAUGAACAGCACAGUCAGAGUGCUGGCCCAGCACCAGCUCUACCACUUACUAGGGUCUGACCCAACUUACUUGGGAAAAUUACUUAACAUUUCAGAGCCUCAGUUUCCACAUCUGUAAAAUAGGGAUAGUAGAGGUGCUUGCCUUUAGGGGUUGUGAAUGAGUUAAUAGGUAUGGAUAGUGCUUAGAAGAGUGCUGGACACAUAGUUUUAAGUAUUAUUUCAGAAAAGAGAGAAACAUUAUAUAAAUAGAUCUAAGCAGUUAGGAGAUUUAGCUGUAUUGGGGGGAAAAAUCUAUCUCUAGCUAUAGUUAACCAUUCUGUGGAAGAUCUUUUCCAAUCCUUAAAGGUAAACAGUUCAGCAUUAGCCUGCAAGCGUAGGGGCUAAAGAGCCUAAUUUUAUUCUUUGGGACUAUAUGAUAAGAUACUUGGCAGAUUUUUUUGCUCAGUUGUUUUAAGGUCAGAAAGGCUAAAGCUAGGGUGACUGAUUUCAACAACUGCCUUGAAUUAGGCAGGGAGGCAGGUGACAGUUGGAGAAGGUACAAAAUGACAUUAGGCAGAUAGGCGAGGGAGCUUGCUAGAGAAUAGUAGUGGUCAUAGUAAUAGUUAACCUGAGUGCUUAGCACUUGAUAUGUAAUGGCUGGGGUUGAAAAACCUGGGUUUGAUUCUCUGUCACUAGGGGAGCCCACAUGCUUGUUACAGCCUUCUGUGUUGUCUCUCUACGUGUAAAGUAAUGGUAAGGAGGUGGCUUAGGGGAAAGAGCAGGGUCAGAGAGCACUGACUGGAAGCCUGGGAGAAGCCAUCCACGUGCCUGUGCUCCCUCCAUUCAUCUGUAAUAAUGCCUGUUGAUCAAGGUUGGACAAAGUGUGAGAAUGAGAAACUGUAUGUAGAAGUACUUUGAAAGUAAAAGUGUUUUAUGUUCAUAGUAUUAUUACUAGAAAUAAUCUUUGCUACCAGCUCAUGAGAAAGGCCUGGCAUCUGAGGUGAUUUGAUAUUUGUAGUGUGUUUUGAGAUCCUUUGGAAGAUGAGUACACCACACAUGCCAGGUGUUUCUUUUCUGGGAGAAGCUGAAUAAGUCACUGAGGAUCCAACCACAUUUUAGUACUUCGUGCUGAGCAUUUUGGAAAAACCAAAGAACUUUAAAGCAAGGUUCUUGUCAUCAAAGAAUGUAGUCUUCAUUGGGAGAUAAAAUAUAUGAGUAGGACUAUUUACUCCAACAUGAUUGAGUGCUAGAAUGUGUGAUGCAGGCAGAAAGUACCAGAAGAAGUUGCAGAAGGGGGCUGUAUAGAUGGUAGCUGCUUUUCUUUUCCUGAGGUAAAUGUUUUCUGAUGGCUUUGUCCACGCAAAAUUCAUUUGCUGCUUCUGUUUUACCAGUGAUUCCUCAUGUUUAGAGAGGUUGCAAAAUGGUUUAUGAUCGUGUAUGUCAAACUUGACAACCACAAUCAAUUUUAUGGUCUAAACUGGGGAAAAAAAAAAACCACAGGUGGUGUGGGAUAAAAAUACCACCUUAAAUAUAAUCAAGACCAAAAUGUUUUUUAGGGAGCUUUCUCCUCAGGUCAGCAUAGAAACAUUCCAUAACAUUUUAUUCUAGUUCUUUUUCCUGACUUUUUUAUUUAAAAAGAGAAAAAUGUAAUUGUGUGCACUCAGAACGUCCAUAAAUUCCUUUCAGUGUCUCAGGUAAAAUAGCUGGGACUAUUGCAAAUUUCUAAAUGAAGAAAUAGACAUUUAACACUUGACAAUAAUCAUUCUCUGUCAAAACUAGAAUAUAACUCUUCCUCCCAAUUUUAGUCCAGUUCUCGAGUCUCUCAAAGUUGAUGUAAGCUGUAACAGCUUCUAACUCCCUUUGAUUCUUUAGCCACUAAUCCUGCGUCUGAUGUCCUCUUCCUUCAGUCCUGUAGCCAUCGGGAAGAUACCAGAAGGUGGGAGGGAGGUGAGGGGACAGUGGUCACAAGAAAACCAUGUUGGAACUGCCCUGGAAGGAGCAGUGACUGAAAGUAUGUCUGGUUUUCCCUGAACUAGUCCAGGCCUCCCUAAAUCAAGGGCUUCCUCAUUUGUUCCCUAGCUAGGUUUGGGAAUGUUUUCUUGACCUUUAUGCUUCAAAUUAGCCUUGCAGAUUGGCUCAAAAAAUAUCUUAGCCUUCAAAGAUGUUCUUUUACCUUCAACUUUAUGGAUCGUUCCCAUGCUUACCCAUGCCUACAGUCCUUGUCAUUAAGCAGUGAGAAUGCAAGACACAUACUCCACAUAAUUUAAUAGAAAGAUCAUAGCAGUCAGGGGGCAGAACUGAUUAUAUUUGGUAUUGGCUCAGUAGUUGAUUUCAGAAGUACCUCCUUUAAUGUCUCCCCACCCUGAGGCCCUGAGAAUAUAAACAUAGAUGAGUUUGUUUCAUGGUUUGGUAUUGGGAUGGGCUGGUUUCAUUUCAAUGCCACUGUUUGCCAUCAGAGGUGAAACACCAGAUAGUUGCUAUGGAUUUGGAGUACCUGGUGGUUUCAAAGCAUUGUUUUGGAAAAAGAGAAACUCAAGUUUUUGAGGGUUUUGUGUUCGGAAGUAGAGAAAUGUGAGGGAGAAUAUAUGGCUGCAGAUAAAAACGUGCCUCUCGUCUGCUUACAGAUGCCUGGUACAUGAUGCUUGGGUGGGAGGCUUAUGUGCGUGGCAGAAAGUCUUAGUCACUCUUCAGCUGCUUUAGCACCAGUGCCUUUUGGCCAGAAUGUGAACAUCACCCUUUCCUUUAACCCUGAUGGAAGCUGAGGAAUGAUCUAGCUGCUGCAUUGUCGUGCUGGCUAGUGCUUUAACCUUGAUCCUGUUGUAAGGGUGUUUUAUAUCUCUGUGUUUUUGCUCCCAACUUUUUUUGGGUGGCCUUUUCCUGUAGUGUGCCCUGGAGAUGCGAGAUUUUCCUUUGGCAGCAGGAGGCACACACCCAGAGAAUGCUGGAGCCACAAGGGGAAAGGACCCACUUCCACAGCAGAGAAAAACAAAGAGGAAAAAGGCAUACAGGUGGCCAGCGCUAAGGGACGCACCUGCUGCCACUGCCCUGAGCAGCUGUUUCUGCUGCAGCCUGAGAGGAACUCGGUGAGCUGUCCCUGUUUGUGACUGCAAGCUCAGGAUUUCAAUCAAUGCAUUCCAGUAACCCUAAAGUGAGGAACUCUCCGUCAGGAAACACACAGAGUAGCCCUAAGUCAAAGCAGGAGGUGAUGGUCCGUCCCCCUACAGUGAUGUCCCCAUCUGGAAACCCCCAGCUGGAUUCCAAAUUCUCCAAUCAGGGUAAACAGGGGGGCUCAGCCAGCCAAUCCCAGCCAUCCCCCUGUGACUCCAAGAGUGGGGGCCAUACCCCUAAAGCACUCCCUGGCCCAGGUGGGAGCAUGGGGCUGAAGAAUGGGGCUGGAAAUGGUGCCAAGGGCAAGGGGAAAAGGGAGCGAAGUAUUUCCGCCGACUCCUUUGAUCAGAGAGAUCCUGGGACUCCAAACGAUGACUCUGACAUUAAAGAAUGUAAUUCUGCUGACCACAUAAAGUCCCAGGACUCCCAGCACACACCACACUCGAUGACCCCGUCAAAUGCGACAGCCCCCAGGUCUUCCACCCCCUCUCAUGGCCAGACUACUGCCCCAGAUCCCACACCUGCUCAGAAGACUCCCGCCAAAGUGGUGUAUGUCUUUUCUACUGAGAUGGCAAAUAAAGCUGCAGAAGCUGUAUUGAAGGGCCAGGUUGAAACUAUUGUCUCUUUCCACAUCCAGAACAUCUCCAACAGCAAGACAGAGAGAAGUACAGCCCCUCUGAACACACAGAUAUCUGCCCUCCGGAAUGAUCCGAAACCUCUCCCACAGCAGCCCCCAGCUCCAGCCAACCAGGACCAGAAUUCUUCCCAGAAUAGCAGACUGCAGCCAACUCCACCCAUUCCGGCACCAGCACCCAAGCCUGCCGCACCCCCACGGCCCCUGGACAGGGAGAGUCCUGGGGUAGAAAACAAACUGAUUCCUUCUGUAGGCAGCCCUGCCAGCUCCACUCCGCUGCCUCCAGAUGGUACUGGGCCAAACUCAACGCCCAACAACCGAGCAGUGACCCCUGUCUCCCAGGGGAGCAAUAGCUCUUCAGCAGAUCCCAAAGCACCCCCGCCUCCACCAGUGUCCAGUGGAGAGCCCCCCACGCUGGGAGAGAACCCCGAUGGACUGUCUCAGGAGCAGCUGGAACACCGGGAACGCUCCUUACAAACACUCAGAGAUAUCCAACGUAUGCUUUUUCCUGAUGAAAAAGAAUUCACAGGAGGACAAAGUGGGGGACCCCAGCAGAAUACUGGGGUAUUAGACGGACCUCAGAAAAAACCAGAAGGGCCAAUACAGGCCAUGAUGGCUCAAUCCCAAAGCCUAGGUAAGGGACCUGGGCCCCGGACAGAUGUGGGAGCUCCAUUUGGCCCUCAAGGACAUAGAGAUAUGCCCUUUUCUCCAGAUGAAAUGGUUCCGCCUUCCAUGAACUCCCAGUCUGGGCCCAUAGGACCCGACCAUCUGGAUCAUAUGACCCCUGAGCAGAUAGCCUGGCUGAAACUGCAGCAGGAGUUCUAUGAAGAGAAGAGGAGAAAGCAGGAACAAGUGGUGGUACAGCAGUGCUCCCUCCAGGACAUGAUGGUCCAUCAGCAUGGGCCUCGGGGAGUGGUCCGAGGGCCUCCCCCUCCGUACCAGAUGACUCCCAGUGAAGGCUGGGGACCUGGGGGUGCAGAGCCGUUUGCUGAUGGGAUCAACAUGCCACAUUCUCUACCCCCGAGGGGCAUGGCUCCCCACCCCAACAUUCCAGGGAGCCAGAUGCGCCUCCCUGGAUUUGCAGGAAUGAUAAACUCUGAAAUGGAGGGGCCAAAUGUCCCCAACCCGGCGUCUAGACCAGGUCUUUCCGGAGUCAGUUGGCCAGAUGAUGUGCCAAAAAUCCCAGAUGGUCGAAACUUCCCACCUGGCCAGGGUGUCUUCAGUGGUCCUGGCCGAGGGGAACGCUUCCCAAACCCCCAAGGAUUGUCUGAAGAGAUGUUUCAACAGCAGCUGGCAGAGAAACAGCUGGGUCUCCCCCCAGGGAUGAGUAUGGAAGGCAUCAGGCCCAGCAUGGAGAUGAAUAGGAUGAUCCCAGGCUCCCAGCGACACAUGGAGCCUGGGAGUAAUCCCAUUUUCCCUCGAAUACCAGUUGAAGGCCCUCUGAGUCCUUCCAGGGGUGACUUUCCAAAAGGAAUGCCCCCACAGAUGGGCCCUGGUCGGGAACUUGAGUUUGGGAUGGUUCCUAGUGGGAUGAAAGGAGAUGUCAGUCUAAACGUCAACAUGGGAUCUAACUCUCAGAUGAUACCUCAGAAGAUGAGAGAGGCUGGGGCGGGCCCUGAGGAGAUGAUGAAAUUACGCCCAGGUGGCGCAGACAUGCUGCCAGCUCAGCAGAAGAUGGUGCCCCUGCCAUUUGGUGAGCACCCUCAGCAAGAGUAUGGCAUGGGCCCCAGGCCAUUCCUUCCCAUGUCUCAGGGUCCAGGCAGCAACAGUGGCUUGCGGAAUCUCAGAGAACCAAUUGGGCCCGACCAAAGGACUAACAGCCGGCUCAGUCAUAUGCCACCACUACCUCUCAACCCUUCCAGUAACCCCACUAGCCUCAACACAGCUCCUCCGGGUCAGCGUGGCCUGGGGCGGAAGCCCUUGGAUAUAUCUGUGGCAGGCAGCCAGGUGCAUUCCCCAGGCAUUAACCCUCUGAAAUCUCCCACGAUGCGCCAAGUCCAGUCACCAAUGCUGGGCUCACCCUCGGGGAACCUCAAGUCCCCCCAGACUCCAUCGCAGCUGGCAGGCAUGCUGGCGGGCCCAGCUGCUGCUGCUUCCAUUAAGUCCCCCCCUGUCUUGGGGUCUGCUGCUGCUUCGCCUGUUCACCUCAAGUCUCCAUCACUUCCUGCCCCAUCACCUGGAUGGACCUCUUCUCCAAAACCUCCCCUUCAGAGUCCCGGGAUCCCUCCAAAUCAUAAAGCACCCCUCACUAUGGCCUCCCCAGCCAUGCUGGGAAGUGUAGAGUCAGGUGGCCCCCCACCUCCUACAGCCAGCCAGUCUGCCUCUGUGAAUAUCCCCGGAAGUCUUCCCUCUAGUACACCUUACACCAUGCCUCCAGAGCCGACCCUUUCCCAGAACCCACUGUCUAUUAUGAUGUCUCGAAUGUCCAAGUUUGCAAUGCCCAGUUCUACCCCGUUAUACCAUGAUGCCAUCAAGACUGUGGCCAGCUCAGAUGACGACUCCCCUCCAGCUCGUUCUCCCAACUUGCCAUCAAUGAAUAAUAUGCCAGGAAUGGGCAUUAAUACACAGAAUCCUCGAAUUUCAGGUCCUAACCCCGUGGUUCCGAUGCCAACCCUCAGCCCAAUGGGAAUGACCCAGCCACUUUCUCACUCCAAUCAGAUGCCCUCUCCGAAUGCCAUGGGACCCAGCAUACCUCCUCAUGGGAUCCCAAUGGGGCCUGGCUUGAUAUCACACAAUCCUAUCAUGGGGCAUGGGACCCAGGAACCUCCAAUGGUACCUCAAGGACGGAUGGGUUUCCCCCAGGGCUUCCCUCCAGUACAGUCUCCUCCACAGCAGGUCCCGUUCCCUCACAAUGGCCCCAGUGGGGGGCAGGGCAACUUCCCAGGAGGUAUGGGUUUCCCAGGAGAAGGCCCCCUUGGCCGUCCCAGCAACCUGCCCCAAAGUUCAGCAGAUGCAGCACUUUGCAAGCCUGGAGGCCCAGGGGCUCCUGACUCCUUCGCUGUCCUGGGGAACAGCAUGCCUUCAGUGUUUACAGACCCAGAUCUGCAGGAGGUCAUCCGACCUGGAGCCACCGGAAUACCUGAGUUCGAUCUGUCUCGCAUUAUUCCAUCUGAGAAGCCUAGCCAGACACUGCAAUAUUUCCCUCGAGGGGAAGUCCCAGGCCGUAAACAGCCCCAGGGUCCUGGACCUGGGUUUUCGCACAUGCAGGGGAUGAUGGGUGAACAAGCCCCCAGAAUGGGACUAGCAUUACCUGGCAUGGGAGGUCCAGGACCAGUGGGAACUCCGGACAUCCCUCUUGGUACAGCUCCAUCCAUGCCAGGCCACAACCCAAUGAGACCACCGGCCUUUCUCCAGCAAGGCAUGAUGGGACCUCACCAUCGGAUGAUGUCACCAGCACAAUCUACAAUGCCUGGCCAGCCCACCCUGAUGAGCAAUCCAGCUGCUGCUGUGGGCAUGAUUCCUGGCAAGGAUCGGGGGCCUGCUGGGCUCUACACACACCCUGGGCCUGUGGGCUCUCCAGGCAUGAUGAUGUCCAUGCAGGGCAUGAUGGGACCCCAACAGAACAUCAUGAUCCCCCCACAGAUGAGGCCCCGGGGCAUGGCCGCUGAUGUGGGCAUGGGUGGAUUUAGCCAAGGACCUGGCAACCCAGGAAACAUGAUGUUUUAAGCUGCUAAGACUGGAUGUGCCGACCCUUGUCAAGAUGAGAUUCCAGGUCCUGAGAGCUGCUUUGAGGGCGUUCCAGGAGUACUGUUGGUCAUGCAAUAGGAGAACAGAGACCCGAGGGCUGCUUUGGGGGAGGGGGGAACUCGAGAAUGUAUGGAUUUACCUGAAAACAAAUUAUUCAUUUAAUCAACAGGUGUGUUUUUUUUAAGAUUUAUUUUUUAAAAAUUAUUUUUGUGGACUUGGGUAUCCCAUGAUGGCACCGACUUUUGGGAAUCUGUAGCCGUGCUUUGAGAAUUGCCAUCGGUCAUGUGUUGCACCGUUCUCUGUAUGUUUACGUCCUUUGGACUGGCUUCUCCCAGGAUUCUUUUCUGGUUUUGUUUUUGCUUUGGGCUUCAUUUUUUGUGUACUGUACUAUAUUGUAAAAGGGAUUUUAGCAGAGACUUUAGUCUUUGGGACAAGAGGAGAACAGGAAUGCUGGGCUGUUUACUUGAGGUGGAGAAUCCAUCUUCAGACCUUUGGACUAUUUUCUUUCAAUUCCAGUGUAUAGAAAAACCAAACUACGACCUCAGAGCAGAGUAUUAAUGAAAAGCACAAAAAAAGGAACUAAGUUCAGCGAGGGGUGGGGGGAGGGGGGAAAUUUUUCUUUUUAAAAAUAAUGACGCUUAGGACAUUUGUUUUCAGUUCCAGGGCUCUUCAGCACUGUCCCUCUCUCCCAACCUGCAGACCCGCCUUCACGGUUUUCUCUUGUUUUCCCUCCCCUCUCCUUCCCCAUUUCCUUGGUUAAGCGUGUUUCCUUCCCUUGUGCCCCCGCUGGUGACCCCUGCUUCCCUCCUCUUUUUCCCUUUGGCAGCUGCAAUACAUGGUGUUAUUUAGGGGAAAUAAACCUAGUGAAGCCUCGCCUUCUGUGCCGAGCGUCGUCCCGGCUCCGGGAGGGAGAGGCCCGUCCUUGGGAUGCUCGAUGGUCUUCUUCUCCCUUGUCUCUACUUCCCCGUCAUGCCCUUCUCUGCCCACCUCGUUUUCUGUUCUCCUUUUAUGAGGAAUUCCCAAGUGAAUUUUAUUAACGUGGGAGUGGAACAGAUGCUAAAAGCUAUCCAGGAUUUUGUUUUUGUUUUUUAUUUUGUGGUUCCUUCCCCUCCCCCUCCCAUGCGUAAAACGUUCUGUGUAACCUCCAUUAAAUUUGGUACAAAACCACUCACCAGAGCUGUGGUGUCAGAAAAAAUAAAAUAUAUUGUUUCUUACAAAAUU